AUGGGAGCGAGACCAGUGAAAGUCGAUGUACAUUCCACGAUGUUCGAAGAGCCCACUAAAAGAAUCUUCGAUUCCCGCGGCACGCAGGCGUUCCAAAAAUCAGUUGCAAUGUACAGGAUCAAGAUGUAUCUCCAUCGAUAUGUUAGCAUUGUGGAAGGUGAGCAAAUUCCCAAAACCAGUGAGAAUUCAACGGUUUUGGACUUCGUGGCACUAUUGAGCAAGCUGGCCACAAUGGUCGAUGAAACUCCUGCGUUUCCUGGACCAAGAAGAUACGGCAAUUUGGCCUGCAGAUCGUGGCAUGAUAAAAUUGAAACUGCUUUAUCUCCAUUGCUGGAAGAUUUCAUGCCAUCCGACUGUCAAAAGAGCAUAGUGGAGCUCCGAUACUAUCUGGCGAACGCAUUCGGAUCUCGCGAACGUUUGGACUACGGAACGGGACACGAACUUUCCUUCUUCGCCGUGAUAUCAGCUCUCGACAUGUUGGGUAUCUGGGGACCCGAUUUGCAGGGCAGAGACCUGCUAUUUCUGCUAAACAGCUACUACGCGCUCAUAAAGAAACUGGUCCUUACCUACUCUUUGGAACCAGCUGGAUCUCAUGGCGUUUGGGGCCUUGACGACCAUUUCCACUUGAUAUACAUCUUUGGUGCUUCUCAAAUGAUAGGCAUGCGCUCACCGCCGGCUUCACCCAAAGAAAUGCAAAUGAAAGACAUAGUGCAAGAAAAUGCGCCCACCAACCUGUAUUGCCAAGGACUCUCAUUUGUCUACCAAGUCAAGUCAGGACAGCUAGCUGAAAACUCCCCCAUGCUUUAUGACAUCUCCCAAACUGUGGCAACAUGGCCGAAAGUUCAGCGAGGCCUCUUGAAAAUGUAUUUUGCGGAGGUACUCAACAAGUUUCCAGUCGUACAACACUUCUGGUUCGGAAAGGGUCUUUACCCAUGGGUCAGUACCGAUAGCGGCGAUGUACUUCCCGUUUUCGAAGCAUCAUUAAGCAAUCACCCUGUACAAACAACCUUGCAUAACGCCGGUACAUCGCGACACCCCAUGAACCCUCCCGAUUUGCGUGGCGUCAACCGAUUCAUACCUCAGGACAGGUUUCGGAAGUUUUGA